CAUCCGUUCCCACCACAAACCUUGAGCUUGCCAGUUUAUUCACAUGUCUGUGCACAUUCAUCGCAAAACAUCACACAAUUAUCUCCCUCGUUAUUGGAAUUAUAUAGGUCAUCCGUUGACUGCAUUCAGUGAUUAGUAGUGCUACUUAUUGGACGAAGAUUUAUUAGCUUGAAGAAAACUUUGAAAAUUACUGAUAUAGCGAUGAAUGUAGUUUCGCUUUUAGGAAUUAUUUCCUGUGUUUUCAGUGUAACUUCCGCUGUCCCAUUUUCCGGUUGGCUCUUAGGCGGGAGACAAAAUGAAGAAACUACUGAAGCACGACCCAAUUUUAUGAACAAAGUACAACAGUUGGGCGAACGAGUGUAUGAGAGGAAACGUGAGUUCCUAAACGGUAUCAAUGAAAAGGUGUCAAAUAUACUGUGGAUACCACCGUUGUAUACAACUACGGAAACUUCGAUUCCUCCAUCGGAACCGCCUUACGUAUUCCAAAGUGAUCCCCAAAAAUACACAGAAAUGGAUUCGGACGAAGAUGAUGUACAGAACGUUGAAAUUUACGCCAGAAGCAGCUUUCUUUCUCCGGAUGAUCUCGUUAAUAUCGAUGCACCACCCGAGCCGCAAAACAAACCUACCAUAACAUAUAACAUUAACAAAAACUUCAAUAUACUUGGGAGAAUCUGGGCUUAGGUAAAACACACUAAA